GGAUCCUACGUUGCUCUUUAGUUAUUUGCGCUCUAAGCAGGGGUCAUCCUAUCUCCAUUGAAUGUAAUGUACUUUUUUUUUUUACAAGGCAAAGCGUGAGCAACCAGAAGCAGAUUGUAUGUACUUGUGCACUGUAAAUCCGCAACUGGCGCCAAGCUAUAGGCCGGACUCUCUUUUUAUACAUUGUUUUAAACUUUCUGGAGCGAGAUCGCGCUUUGCAACAUGGUGGCUCGAAUUCUGUUCCGGGCGGUGAUCAUGGGCCCCCCUGGCUCUGGGAAAGGCACAGUGUCGGACCGGAUCGUCAAGCACUUCGCCCUCAAGCACUUGUCUAGCGGUGACCUGCUCCGGACCAACGUUCAGCACAAGACAGAAAUUGGUAUUAUUGCAAAAUCUUAUAUUGACCAAGGCCAGCUUGUUCCAGAUGAUGUCAUCACCCGACUUAUAAUGCAAGGGCUUCUCAAGAUCAACGAAACCAGUUGGCUACUUGAUGGUUUUCCCCGGACAGUACCACAAGCAAUGGCUUUAGAUAAAGCUUAUCACAUAAACUCUGUGAUUGACCUGAAUGUACCAUUUCAAACCAUUAAGGACCGCCUUACCGCAAGAUGGAUCCAUCCUGCUAGCGGCAGAGUGUACAACACGGAAUUCAACCCUCCCAAAGUCCCGGGAGUUGAUGACCUCACAGGAGAACCUCUGAUACAGCGGGAAGAUGACAAGCCAGAAACAGUUACCAAGAGACUGAAUGGAUAUGAAGCUCUUACAAGGCCUGUGUUGGAGUACUAUCAAAACAAGGGAGUGUUGGAAACUUUCUCCGGGACAGAGACAAACAAGAUCUGGCCACAUGUCUAUGAGUUCCUGCAGACUAAACUGUCUGAUAUAAACCAGAAGUGAGGAGACUUCAAGAACCAUUCAUAGUGAACACCUUUUUACUGCAAAGCCUAUCUUGUGCCAUACCAUAUGAAUGUAAACUUUAUAUCACUUUAAGUGACAAACUGUUUUAAUGUUUAUGUACAAAAUCAAUUUGUAUGUCUGCUCACUUUAGCGUUUUAAUAUUCUUACAACUGAAUUUUAUUUUUUUAAUAUAGGUUUCUAGGAAAGGAAAACUGAUUACUUGAAAAAAAAAAAAAAA